AUGGACGGAUUACAGCAAGUCGCCCUCCCCGUGCUUGGAAUUGUAGCCGCAGCUGCUGUUACUUUCUACGUCGUUAGCUUCUCCGAGCUUCGAGAGAAAUCACUUAACAGAGAUUGGGAUGACGACGAAUCCGAAGGAUUCAAGACGUCAUUGAGCUCAAGAGAAAGAAGAGCUAGAAGAAAAGCACAAAAGCAAAGUAACAAUAAACCUUAAUUAACUCAUGACUGCUUUCAUUCUUUCUGUUUUCAUUGUUUUAGACAUAAAACACAAGCUGCUGUCAUUAUAAAUUAUUGUCUUUGCCGUGUAA